AUGGCGGGAAAAAUGGUGCUAUACAAGUUGGUGGUGUUGGGCGACGGUGGCGUAGGAAAGACUGCUCUCACCAUUCAGCUAUGCUUACAACAUUUUGUCGAGACAUACGACCCAACCAUUGAAGAUUCGUACAGGAAGCAAGUUGUCAUCGAUGGCCAAUCUUGUAUGCUCGAAGUACUUGAUACUGCUGGUCAGGAAGAAUACACGGCGCUUCGGGACCAAUGGAUUAGAGACGGGGAAGGGUUCGUACUCGUUUACAGCAUUUCCUCCCGGUCAUCAUUCUCUCGGAUUCGGAGAUUUUACAACCAAAUACAGAGGGUGAAGGAGUCCGUUGCCUCCUCGCCGUCCUACCCAGGCUCGCCCAUCGCCGCCGUCAGUCCCCAGGCCCCGGUGCCGAUUAUGCUUGUUGGAAACAAGAGCGACCGAGCGACGGAACGAGAGGUAUCGACACAAGAGGGUCAUGCGCUUGCACGCGAAUUAGGCUGCGAGUUCGUUGAAGCGUCGGCUAAGAACUGCAUCAACGUUGAAAAGGCUUUCUACGACGUUGUUCGCAUCCUUCGCCGACAGCGCCUAGCUGCAUCCCAGCCCUACCAACAGGCGCAAAAGGUGUCUCGGCCAACCGGCAACGGCAGUUCUGAAGUACGGCGGGAGAAGGGCAAGAAGCCUAGGUCAAGCCGCUGCGUGCUGUUAUAA